AUGGGCACGCUGUUUGAAACCACAGCAAGGUAUCAGCAUUUGGAGCCUGUGGGUAUGGGUAUUACUGGGCUUGUUUGCUCCGCACAAGACCACAUUUGUCACCAAAAUGUUGCUAUAAAGAAGCUGUGUCAGCCCUUCAAGACAGACAACAUUGCCAAGCAUAUGUAUCGCGAGGUUAGGUUAUUGAAGCAACUUCAACAUGACAAUAUCAUUCAUUUGAAAGAUAUUUUCAUAUCUCCAUCUGAAGAGAUGUAA